UCGAAAGCUUUCUAUUUGUACACGAAAUGAUAUAACAAGGUAUUUGCUACAAUGGAAGACCAAGAAGAUCUGGCUGAAAACCUAGCCUGUGUUCUUUGUCAUGGACUGUGUGGUGAUAGCACCUAUUCCCUGAUGAGCUGGCUCCGAGUGGCCACCAUCAAAAGCGUACUGCAAGAGUCUAUACCAGGAAGAGCUGAGGAAUUUGAAUCUCCAUCUAAAUUCAUCUGUACCAGGUGUUACCAUGCGAUGGAUGAUCUUGUUAAGAAGAAACAGGAAGCUUCUGAAGCAGAAAGUUUUAUACAGUCUUUAGCCAUGUCAACAGAACAACAAACACCAAUAAAACAGGAGAAGAGCACCUGUAUGUCUGUCAUCACAUUGCCGGAGAAUAAAAACAGUACUCCACUGAAAUCCGGUGAACCCAAGAAAGGUGCUGAAAGUGACAGCAGGAACAAGAAAGAUUCACUCUUCAAACAACAAUCUGUGACAUUGACAAGAUCAGGAAGAGAGUAUGAUAAGAGGAAAUUGCCAAAUAUGAAAAAUGACACACCACCUGUACCUAAAAAAACACUGAAGCAAACAGAGAUUGAUUCCAGUUCAAAACAGUUGCCAAGUACAAGUAAAGGGUGCCAGAAAACUCUGCCUUCUAGAGGUCAAGUUAAGAACACUAAAACUUCUGAAAUUAAUAAAAAUUGGAGUCAGGGACAAGGUAGAAGGAGAGGACGACCCAAAAAAUUAUCAGUAGGCAUUCAAGCUUCUGAAUCAUCUAAAAUUUCAGAUUCCAUCACUAGCACAAAUCAAAAAAGAGGGAGAGGCAGACCAAAAAAAUUAUCAAUAAGCACAGCAACUUCUGGAUCUUCUAAAGCUACUGGUUCUGUCAUCAGCACAAAUCAAAAAAGGGGGAGAGGCAGACCCAAAAAAGUAACCAGCAAAGAUCUAUCAAACAGUGGCAUUGAUUUUAAUGUCACGAAAGACAAAGAAAUGUCCUCGACUGUUCUUCAUAAUAACAAUUCAUCCAUGCUUAUAACAGGUAUGUUAAACAUGAAUGAUCAGAGACAUUCUUUGAUGGAAAUGGAAACACCAGCAAACGAAGGAAGAAAUGGACAGGAAACAAAUGUGUCUGAUGUAGUAGGGGAGAUAACCUCAGAUCAUUCCUAUCAUUUUGGAAGUCCAAGAGUGUCUGGACAAGAAAAGAUUGAAAGCAACCAACUCAAAGAUAUAUCAGAUGAAUUUGAGUGCAGGAAAGCUGGUUUUACUGAAGGUGUGGAAAAUGAUGGAAAUCGUUUAGAAAAUGAACACAGUGAUGAUGAUCAUGAGGAUUUAGAGACAGAAGAAACUGUUUCUCCAAACAGUAGUGAAAAUAUCAGUAAUGACAAGAGAAAUCCAUGCACACAACAAAUGGAUGAAAAGAGGAUGACAACAAGAAUCAGAUCUGGAACCUUAGCCAGAAAAUUUGUAGUGUUAGACAGAGGAAAACUUUCAAAAACAAACAAAGUUGUAAUGGACAAACAGUCUUUACAAUCAGGUAAAACAGUUUUACAAUUAAAUCCAGGUAGAGAUUGUAGCAGUAGAAGUUCACCAAAGAAAAUAGUGUUUCUUAAAGCUAGUGGCUUAAAGGCAAAGAAAUUAGAGGCCAGAUCCAAGGAAAGUGAAAAACAACUUGACAAAGGAAGCAAUGAAGGAAGCACUGAUUAUAAUGCUGAAGGUAAACGUAUUUUACCUCUUCCCAAAAUCAAGCGAAUCAGGAAAAGACGUAAGAAUGUUGAUUCAGAGGAAAUCAUUGUUAACCCAGAAAUAUGGACUUGUAGUCAAUGUAAAGCUGUUAGAUAUGAAGAGAAUGAAAUACGGGAUCACAUUCAAAUAGAACACAAUAUCACAGAGACUGAAAAAAUUGAUCAGUGUUUGUCAAAAAGGGUUGUCCGAUUUGUUACACAGAAAAGUGCAAAUGCCAACACUAAGGAACGCUGGUGUAAUUCUAUCAAAGCCAAAGAAAUAGUGUCAUUUACAUGUAUGAUUUGCAAUUUGAAAAUCAGCAGAGAAAAUAAUGCUUUAACUCACGUUCAUAUGACCCAUCAUAAAAAUAGAAAUGAUGCUCCCAAUUAUGUCAAGAGAAAUGUUAGUCUUGAAAAAUCAGACAAAGAGGGCUUGUUCUCAGAGAAUGAUGUGAGUGGAACAAACCGGAAAAAGACAAAAAAGACUGCGGAACAGAUUAAAGAAGAGAAACUUAAAAGACGUAGAGUUUUAAGGCUUGUGAAAGAGCAAUUUCAGACCAAAGUUCAUAAGUGGAAAUGCAAGAUAUGUGGGCAAAUGUAUGUUUCUAAAUCUGCUUUAAGGCGACACAUUGUCAAGCAACACAUUGUGGCAGAUUGUGAUAUCAAAGCAAAUACAAUUCGUGUACUAGUAGACCGAGAGGUAAAAACAAGUUUAGGGGAUGAGGAUGAAGAUUCCUCACUGUCAAAUAACAACGAAAAUGACGAUGGUUCAGGAGAUGUCCAAUACUUGAAGACUGCAUACUCUGAGCAAACCAGAAUGGAGGAUGGAAAGAAGGGAGCUAUUUCAGGACGAGGCAGGCUUAAACAUGGACACAAUAAACCCUGGAGGUGUGGGUUAUGUACUAUUUACUACUUCCACAAGUGUGACGUUUACAGACAUCUGAUUCAGAAACAUGGAUUGACACGUGAAGAUGCCAAGUCUCAUGUAAUUCAGGAAAAAUGGCAGGAAUCUACAAAUAAAAAAUACUUUGCUACAAAAGUUGAGGUUUACACCAUCAACAACCCAGAGGAAGAGGAUUAUGAGAAAUCAGCCGACACUGAAGGCGAGGAAGAAUUGGACCCAUACAACGAAACACAAAAACCAUGGAAAUGUAUUAAAUGUGGAAAGAGACUUCCAACCAAGAAGGCUGCAUUACGACAUAUGCGCUUCCCUCAUGAAAUAUAUGGACCAUGGGCAAGAUACCAUGUACGACAGAUUGCUCCUGAACAAGGAUCAAAGUCAAAGAAAGUAGAAGAUGAAUUCCACCUUGAUCGAGACCUGCUUUGUGUACUCUGUGGACGAGAUUACUUCAGUCAAGUGCAAGCCGCACAACAUAUCAAGGACUGCCAUCCUGAUAUAUCGGACACCAUGACAGAUGAUGUCCUUUUAAAAAAAUCACAGGGUUCAAGACUGAUCGUUUUAUCCCUUCCAGGGGAGGUAACUAGAAACUAUCAUAUCGAUUCCAAAGGAAGAAUCAAGGAAGUUGAUUUGGAAAAUAUACCAAGUUUGAAACAAAAAUCCAGCCAAUGGGAUAAAAAGACAUUUACCUUUUUUGACGAGGAGAUGGUAGAAUCGGAAACUGAAAUUAUUGAUGAAGAACGAGAAACAUCCUUAAUCACUUCUUCUGAAGAACUGACCAUAACUCAUGCAGACAUCUUUUUCCUGAACUGGGAAAAUUACUGCCAUGAAGAAGAAAGCACUGAAUUGGUAGUUCAGGACGGACAACCAUGGCAAUGUAGCAGAUGUCAGAAAGGGUUAUCCAGUAAACUGAUAGGAGUUCAGCAUGUAGCCCAUGUACAUGACAUCAAAGGUCCUUGGGCUCGACACAUCUUACAGAAAACUAAUGAAUGGAAGAGCCUAUUAGAAAAAACCAUUCUACCAGAACGUGAUUGGCUCUGUGUGUAUUGUGGGCGGCACUACAAAACCAUAGAAGAUGCCCAUCGGCAUGUUAAAGGAUGGCAUCCGAUGUUAACGGCAAAGGUACAGGAAAGCCUGGUACUUCAGAAGAGUGGGGGAUGUAAAGGUAUCAUCCUUACCACAGGUAAUGAAGAGAACCUGACUUUUCUCAUUGACAGUUGUGGAAGAAUCAAAGAAGUGGACACUAAAUCAACAGACUUUGAAGAUUUUGUCAGGAGAUGUUCUUUUGAUUGUCAACAAGACGAUAGUGGGACAAAUUUAGAUGAAGAGUUUGAUGUGCAUUUUAUUGAUACAGAUGACAUAUACACACACCAGGCAGAAAGAAAACAGGAAAAAAGAACGUCAUCCAGUCAAGUUAUUAAAUCCCAGAAGAUGGUUUCUUUGUUAAGUUCUAAAACAAUCAUAGCUAACGAACACAGGGAAUCAGAACAUCAAGAAAAUAUUACAGACAUGACAACAGCUUCUCUAACAACACCAAACUCAUUUACAGACAUGACAACAGCUUCUCUAACAACACCAAACUCAUUAGACUCUUUAGGCACUACAAGGGAGCAGAGAAUAUGUAAUUAUAAAUGUUCAAAUCCAAAUUCUCAAAAGAAAGAAUAUGUGUGCCAGUCCUGUCCAUUGGUAUUUAGUUCCAACAAGCAUGCAUCGUAUCACCGACUGUAUCACAGGCAUGCGGUGCGAUGGCGUUGUCGGAAGUGUGGAGAGGCAUUCUACUACAUCAGUCACUUGGCAGAACACAUCAACAAAGUUCAUAAUGGAAGCUUUCUAAGCAUCAUUCUAGACAUGGAGGAAAUUCUUGACAACAAACCUAACCCCAAUUCGUUAGCUCAAAAUAACAAAAAUCAUACAGAGUCCAUAUCAGGAAAGGAAGCUCUCAUAAAAAAUUUGACACAAAAUGGAGUGUCUGACGCAGUGAUUAACACUAUCUCUUUUGUCACAAGUGAAGACAAUAGAGAAGAAGACAUCAACAGGGGACAACCUUCUUCAGCUGCCACGAACGAUGAAAAAGAGGAGAAAGGUUCAUCAGAAGAUGUAAUUGUGGAAGAUGGUUUAAGUGGUGCAAAAAUCGAUAAAGAACCUGACAGCCAAUACCCUGAUGAACAGGACAACUCCAGCGAGCAGGAAGAAGAAGGAUUAAGUGAUCAAUUAGAUUUUGAAAGUGGAAAUUACAAUCCAAGUGAGAAGAGAAAAGGAAAGAUUUCCUGUGAGGUGUGUGGUCUGUUUGUACCAGUUAAAAGUAUGCAGAGUCACAUGACUCUGUUCCAUGGUGUCAUGACUUAUCGAUGUAUGGAGUGUCAUCAGAAUUUCGUCUCACUUGAGGCUGUUGAUAACCAUGUACAUCAGGUUCAUGAGGGAAGGUUCGACAAUGACAAAAGAGUUCAUCCCUGUAUUAUAUGCAACACUGUUUGGAGAAAUAGACCUGACCUUCUUGAUCAUCUGGACAGACACAAGGCUGAUGGCUGCUGUUGUACUGUCUGUGGAGAGGCAUUUCAUAACAUGAAUAAGCUUAAGAGUCAUAUGUCUGUACACAACUCGUCUUACCAGAAAGGCAAUGAUAGACAUCAGUGUUUUAUCUGUGGAAAAAGCAUAGUCACAAUGAAAAACUUUAUAGCACAUACACGGAAUCAUUAUGAUGAGCAUCACAAAAAGUUUCAAUGUGAAGUCUGUAAGAAAUUUGUGAAAACCAGGUCAUGUUUGGCUGAACAUAUGAGAAACCACACCCAUGAAGAUAUGCUUUGUCCGUAUUGUGCAAAACAGUUCACUUCCCGAGUAAACUACUUGCGGCACAUUAAAUACCAUGAAAAUCCGGAAUUGUUUUCAUGUAAAGAGUGUGGUUUGCAGUUAAGUACAUUGACUGGAUUACGUCGUCAUCAAAAAUUUCAUCAUACUGUUGGACUAGGCAAAACAGUAUGUCAUAUUUGUGGCAAAAGUUUGCGGAAUCUAAAAUGGCACGUCAAGCAUGUACACGGUGACGAAAAUCGAAAAUCAAAAAGGCCACCAAAGAAAAGUCGUACAUGUGAAUUUUGUGGCAAAGUUUUUAGGCUUCCUCACAUGAUGGAGAGACAUAAAGUUGUCCACACUGGAGAGAAACCAUUUCAGUGUCAUUUCUGUAACAAAACAUUUAGCUUCAGAACAUCAUACAAGGCACAUCUUAAUUCCCAUCCUGAGUAUAUGCCAUACAAAUGUGCUGUUUGUGACACCCAGUUCCAGAUGGAGAAGGAUUUCAUAGAUCAUCGAGCACAAUGUCGAGGUGGACAAAAUGGAGUUGAAUUCCCCUUUCAAUGCGAGGUCUGUAAACGUGUGUUUAGGUCAACUAGGUCGUUAAGAACACACUUGGACAGGAAACACCAAAUGGAGAAGCACAGCCAGCUGCCAGGAAGUAUGCGACACUACUGUCAAAUAUGUCAGAAAGGCUACUUCUACAAGGAUUCUCUCACCAGGCAUAUGUAUUCAGCUCAUAGAGAGAGAAAAGAGGAAAGUGUCAUUGAUGAAAAUAUUAUCAUUGAGGAGACCAGUGCACCACAGGAAGAGAACAAGGAUAUUCUGAACUCCACGUAUAAAUGUGAGCUUUGUGGUAGUGAAUUUAAUCUCCUGGAGCAGCUUAAUGAACAUGUGGACACACAUCACUCUGAUCCAGGGUCAGGUAUCAACAUUCAAGUAUUUACUAAACAACAAGAUGGAGUACAUGUGAAUGACCUUGAUAAUUCCAGUGUCAUUACAAUAGAAAAUGAAGAGGCAGCACAGCUACUUAGUCAACUGCAACUACAAAUGGAGGAUGGACAAGAGAUGGUGAAUGUGAUCAUUCCUAUAAUCAAAUGAUGUGAUUCAAAGAGAUAAAACACAACUUUUCUGCUAUUGGUUAUUUUGAAAAGCAAUCAGUCUUAAUGAUAUAUUGAUCCAUGCUUAACACAUAAAGGCUUUCACUUCAAACUGGACUAGAUGUGAAUGCAAAAUAAGUGUGAAUUACCCUGUUUUUAAUAUACACUCUGAGGUACAAGGAGAUUGGUCUACUGUAUAUGUACCAGUAUGGAUGGGCUUAUUACCAGACAUGGGCUUGUUGUCAGAUAAAUAAAAUAAAUCCAUACUUGGUUUUCAUCAUAUAUUGACACAGCAUGUAUAUAAAUUCACAAUGAUCCUGGACACUCCAUGGGAUAUGAUCACUUUUGCUUUCUGCACUUAUGGAACAUGUCAUUGCAAAAUUGAAGGCACAAGCAAACUAAUUUGAUUGGUCUAGAGCAGGUUCCAGGAGAAAGAAACUGACCAAUCAUAGACUAAUACACUCCUCUGAAGAAUACAAAGGAGAAACACUCUACUUAACAGCCAGAACAACAUUUGUUUGAUGUACAUCGAAGGAACAAACUUGUCUUUUUGUCUUGUCCACAAGAUGUAGCACAUGCAACCUUCAGUUUUGCCAUGACAGUUUUAGAGGUGCAGAGCAAAAGUGAUUGUAACUCCUGGAAUAUCGAGGAUGACAAUGAUCUGGUUUUGUUUUUUCUUGAAUUUCCUAGUCUGAUAUAUAUAUAAUCAUACCUGUGUUCAGAUUUUUGUGAAAUGAAUUAAAAUUUUGGAUAACUUCAUUUCAUUUUUUUAAUUGAAGUGUGUGUGAUGGAAACUCAAUUCAUUGGUGAAGCAUUUAUUUUUAGAAACCAGUGAACAUAAAAAAGAUCAAAGAUUCAAAGUAAGCAUUAUCAAACCCACUUUUCCAUCAAUUGAUCUUACAGCUUAAAAAGUUGCUUUUCAGCAAGAAUAUUACAAAACAAAGUUUAAAAAAAAAUAAAAGAAAGAAAGAAGAGAGAAAGAACUGUACAUGGUUACUGAUAAAUGAUAUGUAAAAGAAAAAAUAAUGUAUAGCUAAUGUGUGAAAGAGAGAAAAAUAGGUCUUCCAUGCUGAGUCAACCAAUAAAAUCUGUAGAUACAUGCAUACAUUUGAAUUUGUCAAUCUCAGUUUUAAACUUUCGUUUUGUUUUGUAAAUACAUGUACUUUCAAAUUCCCAUAACACAGAAUUCUGAUUAUUUUUUUUGUGUGGAAAUAACACCGGUGAGUGGUGAUUCAUUUGAAAUGUUGAGAUUUUUGCAUUCAUUGACUAUUCUUAGUACAUGUAUCUUAUAGUCAUCUUCCAAAGUCCUAGAUAUCAAGUUGUCAUUUUUAGCAUCAAUAAUACAUUUAUGGUAGCCAUAAUACAAGUUACCUUGGAAUUUAAUUUCAUAGUUGUUAUACUAAACAUACGCCUUGAUCUUGUGAAGUUAUAAAAAUCAAACUUACAGAAUGUAACUGUAUAUAUUAUCUACUUGCUGUUUUCAUUGUUAUAAUUAUACCAUCUUUACUUAGCAGUGUGUAUUUACCUAUAACUCUAUACUGUAAACAUGGUUAAUUCUGUGGGCAGUUGAUUUCACAAUUUUUUCGCGGGUUAUUUUUACAAUUAUUGAACCUUCUCAUAUCAAAUGUACACACUUCAGUAUGUAUAGUUCAAUAUGUUUGUGAUACAUCACUAAUUCGUAAGCUUUGGUAAAAUUUACGUGAUCAAAGGACUGCAGUAUAUUUAGUUUUUAGUGUAGGCCUAAAUUCCCCCCAAACGUUAAUUUCCAUGUUUACUGUACAUACGUAGUUAUAUACAUAACCCAGACAACUUUGCAAUAUUCUGUACUUACAAAUUCAUUGUACUACAGACACAAGACAAAGAAUGAACAUCUGAAAUAUACAGUGUAUAUCUGAAGCAAACUACAGUUACCUUGUUAAUACCUUGUCAUUCCCUGUUGUGCUUGUUUAAACACACUACAUUGUGAGGUGCUCCUUUAAAACAUACUUACCAUGUUGAAAUUCUGACAUUUUCAGUAAUGAAGUUCUAAUCAAUAAAACUGCUUACUAUGAAAA